AUGGCUGCCAACGUAAUGACCGUUUCACUGCAGAAACCGCGCACAAUUAAUGACGCAAAGGCUCAGUCCAAUGUGACAUUAUUAAGCGCCAUCUUCAGAACUAUACAACAACAUACAACAGUUCAACCGUGUAGUGUAGCGCAUUGUGCGUGUAUUUUACCCUUCUUGCUGUCGACUUCAAACACUGUCAAAAUUAGCUCAAUUUCAAAGUACGUGGAAAUUUCCCAACGACCUGAUAAUGCGAAAGGUGAUGGUGCCAACGAGAUGAGUGCGGCAGUCUCUCAAGCUUCUUCCUCGGCCGCCGACUCACUGAUUCUCACGGCUGAGCAAAAGGAGGAACUCGGAGGAUAUGACUUCCUUUAUGAUGGUAUCGUGUUGGAGGGCGGAGGGAACAAGGGCCUAGCAGCAACGGGGGCAAUUCGGGUCCUUGAGGAGCUUGGGUACUGGGGAAACAUCAAACGUUUCGCUGGGGCCAGUGCCGGUUCAAUGGUUGCUGCACUGGUGGCUGUGGGAUAUAACUCGCAUGAUAUCGAGGCAUUCCUGAGAGGCGGUAUUUCGAAAGUCUUCCUUGAUGCCAGAUUUGGUAAACUCAGUUUUCUUCCUAACAUGCUGAGACGCUACGGUUGGCAUCCGGGCAAGAAGAUCUUCCACUGGUUCGGUGAGCGAGUCAAAGAGAAGACGGGCAAUGCGGAUCUGACAUUUAAGCAGCUGUACAAACGAGGAACGGAGCUUUGUAUUACCGUGGCCAACAUGAACACCAUGGACUGCACGUAUUGCCAUGUCAAAACCACUCCCGAUCUUCCCAUCAGAAAAGCAGUUCAGAUGUCCGGCUGUAUUCCAGGUUUUUUUUGUCCCGUGAAGGAAAAGACCGGGAACUCAAAGGACUACUACGUAGAUGGAGGACUUCUCUGCAACUAUCCAAUACAUUGCUACGACGGCUGGUUUUUGUCCACGAAACCCGAAGAUUCCUUUCUUCAACGUCUUCAGCCAUUCGAGCAACUUCCAAAACUCUGGGACCCCAACAAACGCUUCUCUCCGAAGAACGAGAAAACAUUGGGGAUCCUACUUUAUGCCGACGAUGAGAGGGAGAUUAUGAAGGACGACCUGGUGCAACGUUGUAAGAAGUAUAUCAAAGAGGAUGAAAAGCUGGACUUUCCAAACACUCAUCUGGCCAAAAACCGGAAGGAGGCAAUGCAGAUAAUCGAGAAAAAGAGGACCGAGCACCAAACACUUAUUGAGUCGUUUUCCAAGUUUUUCAAGGUACUUCGAGACAGCGACAUCGACCACAGCGGGACAAUCAAUGAACAGGAAUUCGAGAAGGCCAUGACCAAGCCAAACUCGGAGUUUACAACUGAAGACAAGAAGCAGUUAUUUGGAGAUGACUUCAGUGACGCAAAGGCAUUUUUCAAACAGCUGGACACCAACGGAGAUGGCGAAUUAUCUGUACGGGAACUGAUGGCGAUCGGGGAGACUAAAGGCUUGGAGAUUAUGGACCAUUUCCGGGGCUACAGCCGGCAGGAAAUCACUGGUAUGGGGAGCUACUUCGGCACCGUUGUGAACAGCUUGCUGCUCAAUAUGAAGAGAAUCUUUGUUCAGGGCUCGGACGUGUAUCGUACGAUCGGUAUUAACACCGGUUACCUUGAUACUCUGGACUUCAAGAUGGAGGAACAAGACCAAACUUAUAUGGUUCAGCAAGGCAAGCUUGGCUGCAUGGCUUUUCUCCGUGAACUCAUUGCUGAGAACAAGUUGGUGCGCAAGACACGAACUGCAUGGUGGUAAAUCAUGGUCAAUCAUCCGCCUUUUUGCGUUAAAGCUUGUUGAAACGCUCACCAGUUUAGCUUGUUCUAGGCUAUGUUAUAAGCGAGGACGAUGACACUUAUCAUUGAGGCUUUGAAACGCGUGGUGAACUUGAUCUUGUACGUUAGGUUUUGACAAGAGUGCUCCUACAUAAAGUCCCACGCAGUGUAAUUUUACGGAAACUAUUUUGGUUUUUAAGGACUCAAUUUCUUUCACAGUUAGGUAAAAUUGUCCAUGAUAUUCUUUCAAAGUUCAAUAAUUAGAGGGUUUUUCAGUAAAGUCAUUUGUAUCAUUACGAUUUAUUGACAGUAAAAUGUAAAGUACAUGUACUUUCAAAUUGGUAUACUAACGAUACUGGGUUUCAUGGAUCAUUGUAGUUUUUUCUUUUUAAAGCACUGGAGAUGUAAUCUUAAUUUCUCUGAUGAAACUUGUUUUGUUUACAAACGUUUUACAAGGAAUAUUCAGAGUAAGUUGUGAAGUAAAUUGAAUAUCGUAUACCGGGCUUGUAAUUCGGGGCGUGUGGUAAGAUUUAUAUUAUUAUAUCAAUUUACUUUUGCUUUUGUUGGUUUAUUUUAUAGGUUUUCCCGGUUAUUUUAACAUAAGUACUACACGAAUUCCCUAUAUCGAUACUUUAAUUUCGUCCCAGAACAUCGCCAAGCUCACUUCUUAAAAGCCACCACUAAAUUUCAUUCAACGUUCAGUAUAAUUCAAAUUUUUAGCAUACCAAUUCGUCCAAAAUCUUUGAAGUUCGUCUCUUGUAGCAAUCGGCGUUGAAUGACAAAGCAAAUUUGUAUUUUUGUCAUUAACUUUAACGUUUUGGUCAUUUUAAUUCCGAUCGUGCAUUCUCCUCAUUCUCUAGCCCAUGGAGUCCUAUAAAUUUUGGGGUAUUUCUGAGUUGUCUUGUCACUCAUUGUUGAGACUCGGUCUGGAAAAAAAAGAUGGCUACCAAUGGAGGGCUUCAAAGAGGUCGAUACAUUAAUGUUCCAAACGCGGACAGAGGUCGCAUCAUACAUAGACGCUUUCGAAGGAGAUGAACACGACUAUCUGACCGUUACUGACACUCUUGGCGUGAAGUACCAAACUGCUCGCAGCAUCGUCUUAACUUACCUUCGUGAGAACAGAAGAGAUACUCUACCAAGAGGAGGGAGAACACGUUCAGAAACGGAUCAAGAAAUGCAGAAUUACCUUCAACAGUUACUGGAUAAAAACCCCUUGUUAACCUCGGGCCAACUAAAUACGACAACGGCUCCCUGAUAAACCACGUAUUGCAAUAAAUACAUUAGCACGGACUAUAGUCGGCAUGUUGAUCACGCUCAAGCUAGCUCAGAAUGUAUCUCAAGCCCGUACGCUGACAGAGUGAUCCUACAGCGACAAGAAUAUGCCAAGUGGUUCUUAAGACAAGGCGUCGUUGGUCACUGCAUCUCCAUCGAUGAAUGCGGAUACAACAUUUGGACGCGACGUUCAUAUGGGAGAGCAGUUAGAGGACAACCCGUUCGCAGAGUGGUGCAAAACCAACGUGGAAACAACUGCAUCGUUACAUUUGCCAUAUCUCCUGAAGUCGGACUUGUCCAUCAUGCCAUAAACCUGCACACCACAACACGUGCGUCAAUUGAAAAAUUUCUGCAGGAAAAAGUUGAAGCCUGCCAGGAAAUGUUUCCCCAAGAAGAGCACUUGUACUUCAUCUACGACAACGCAAGGCCUCAUGUUCUUGCUGAACUGCCACCCUGCACCAGGGAAUGAGAACAUUGAACUGACGCGGCUUCCCCCCAUACUCCCCUUUUCUCAAUCCUGUUGAAAAUGCACACUCCUGCUUCAAAGCUUGGGUAAAAAGACUCUUACGACUUACCGAAUGGCAAAUAAGGAUAUCUGACCCCCAGGCUGCUGCGAGAGAAGGCUUGACCAUACAGGGAUGGAGGGUAUAUACGCCUACUGGUGGAAGCUGCUCAACAUAAUGUGGAUGAGAUAACACCCAACAAGUGCCAAAGAUGGUACAAUCACUCCCAAACCAAGAUGCAUGGCCAGAGAGGAGAUUGAAGGCUGAAAAAUGGCAUUAUGAAGAUAUCGUUUAAGUUUACGUUUCUAAGUGUCGUGUAACAAUGCAAAUACUGAUAAAAAAUGAACAUAAAAUUGUCCUUUGUCUCUAUAUAAAUAUAUAAUGAAUAAAACCACAGAAGUUAGGUUUGUAUAUAUCAAAGAGCAACAACGAAGUUGUUUGAUCUUAAUGCUUAAUUUUCAUGCCAUGAGUAAAGAGCAUUAAUAUGACAGAUCUAUUCCUGAUUCUAAUGUUAAUUGUGAAACACAGAAAAGAAGAUUCUAAAACAGAAGCUUGGCUACUUUUAUUUACAUAUAAGGAAAUCUAUGUUGAAAUCACAAUUUUAGUAAUGCGCACACUUCUUCCAAUAAGUCCAAAGAUUGGACACAUUUUUUAAUCGUUAUGUUAAUUGUGAAACACAGUAAAAGAGAUUUUACAUUUAUAGCUUGACUACUUUUAUUUACUCAUAUAAGGAAAUAUAUGUUGAAACUAUAAUUGUAGUAAUGCGCACAUUUCGAAUAAAUGCAAAGAUAGGACACAGUUUCUAAUCGUAACGUUUAAGUCACUAGAAACGACAUGUAAUGACAGCGACAGCGAUUUUGGACGAAUCGGCAUGCUAAAAAUUUGAUUUAUACUGAACGUUAAAUGAAAUCUAGUGCUGGUUUUUUGAAAUUCAAAUUGAGAAGUGAGCUUUGCAAUGUUCGUGGACGAAAUGAAAGUAUCGAGAUCGGGAAUUCGUGUGAUACAGAUGUUAAGAUAACCGGGAAAAACUAUAUUACUGGAAUUCUGAAAUAAUAAAGUUUGUUGUUUUCCUUUUU